AAGGGACCUCCUUUUUUAACCACAAACCGAAUUUUCGUUCAUUUAGACGAUAUAUACUUUUUAAAUUGCCCCAAAGUUGUGGGAUUUUUUGGAGCGCAUUUCACCCUGGAGCGGUACGCGAUGCUCUCUCAUGCCGACCUCCUGGAUGCUCGGCUCGGUGAGUUAUCCUCACUAAACUCCGGCCCUAAACUCCAGUGGAUGAAGGAUGCUGCAGAGUUACUCGGACACCGAGAGGCUCUCAAGUGCCGGCUGGGUGGUGGGGUGCCAGACCAGGGGCACCCGGGAGACAUGGCCCCUGGUUCGGACUCCGUGGAGGGAACCACCCUCCUGCCGGGGGAAGACAUCGCCACCGUGGGAUCCAACUCCGCCGGCAUGACGGUGAACGGGAAGGAGCAGGAGAAGCAGCAGCAGCAGCCGCAGCAGAGCUCCAGUCAGUCCGCCAGCCAGAAACAGAAGCGGCACAGGACGCGCUUUACGCCGGCGCAGCUCAACGAGCUGGAGCGCAGCUUCGCCAAAACCCACUACCCUGACAUCUUCAUGAGGGAGGAGCUGGCGCUGAGGAUCGGCCUCACUGAGUCCAGAGUUCAGGUUUGGUUUCAGAACAGACGCGCCAAAUGGAAGAAAAGGAAGAAGACCAGCAAUGUUUUCCGCUCCCCGGGGACGCUGCUCCCAACACCGGGCCUGCAACAGUUCUCUGCCGCGGCCGCCAUGGAGAACAGCCUAUGCUCCUUCCACGCCAACGACUCUCGCUGGGCCACGGGGAUGCCGGGGGUCUCCCAGCUGCAGCUCCCGCCGGCCCUGGGUCGCCAGCCGGGCAUGCAGUCCCUGUCACAGUGCAGCCUGGGCCCAGGGCCACCAAACUCCAUGGGUCUCUCCAACGGCCUUUCCUCCAACGGCUCCGGUCUGCAGUCCCACCUCUACCAGUCGCAUUUCCCAGGAAUGUCGGCCUCUCUCUCCGGCCCCACGAACGUAUCGGGCUCGCCGCAGCUGUGUAAUUCCCCGGACAGUGACAUGUGGAGAGGGACAAGCAUCGCGUCACUGCGGCGCAAAGCGCUGGAGCACACAGUGUCCAUGAGUUUCACUUAGUGACUUUUCAAAAAAUAUCCCGCCGCACUCCUCUUCUCCCACCUCCCCUCCCCAGCCCCACCCUGCGGCUCUUUUUUCUGUUUUUAUUCCCGCUAUUAGAUCAAAACGAGAGAGCGCGCGAGCUAAUCAGGCCUGAAAUGCGAGAAAAUGGAGGCUGUACUUCAUCUAGGCAUAAUGGCAGAAAGAAAAGGACAACACUGAUGGACAAAUGGAAGAAACAUAUGGGGUUAUUUAUCUUAAUUCAAAAGGAUUUUAUCAACUAUUGAUGAUAAAUACUAUUGUAAUGCUCUCUAGACUAAAGGCCCUAAUUACUGAGAGCUAAAACAAUCGUCGUAUUUGCGUUUUCAUUGAGUGUGUCUUUAUGCACACACGUUAUUGUGUUCAGGUGAAGUUGUGUUAUGUCAAACGGUUAUUUAUAAGAUUGGGUAUACAUUUUGGUAACAGCCUACCACACACGCACCACACUGUAGGUGGGCCUAUUGAACUGGGUCUCAGGCAUGCACUGUGCAUGUGGAUUUAAACGCUUGGAUAAUUUAAGGAGAAAAUGAUGCCCACUCAGAUUGAAGAGGUACUUUUGUGAGGCGACCUGCAGUCUCGUCUGCAUGAGAGGGGAGCAUAAAUCUUAAGAGGAAAAAAAUAACAAACAAUGAUCUUUCGGUAGGCCUACACUGUUUUAGGAUGUUUUGUGUACAUAGAACAUUCUUGCUAUGUACCCGCUGGUCUUUUUUGUGACAUGUUUUAACUUAUUGUAUGUGCUAUUACUUGACACAUUUCUUAAAUGUUUGAUCAAAUGCUCCACAUUGACGGGUUUGUACCAAUUUAAAAAUGAACAAACAAAUAAAAGUAAUUUUCAAGAAUG